GAGCCAUGCACUGAGUGUGGAGCAAAUGGUUUGUGUGGCCUUGCGCUUUUUGCUAGUGGAGCCUUCCUGUACUCAGUGGGGGAUGCAGAACAGCUGAACAAGGCCACAAUUUGCCGCACAAUAAGGAGUGUGUGUCUGGCUAUCAAAGCAUUAGCAGAUGUCUUCAUCUCCUUCCUGGCCACAGAAGACUCUGUGACAUCAAAGAGGAGUUCUAUAGGAUUGCAGAUGGUCUGCAAUGCUGACUGUGUGAUCAGCAAUGUUGUGGCAAAAUGGCCUGGCUCAGUCCAUGACUCCAGAAUCUUUCGGGCCUCUGAAAUCUAUCAGUGCCUAUCACAAGGUGAAUUCUCUGGUGUGUUGCUGGGAGACAGGGGGUAUGGCUGCCAGCCUUUUCUCCUGACACCUUUCACAGACCCCCAGGAAGCACAGCAGGCCUACAACCAUGCCCAUGCCAGGACCAGGGCCAGAGUUGAAAUGACCUUUGGCCUCCUGAAGGCACGCUUUCACUGCCUUCACAAAUUAAGGGUCAGCCCUGUUAGGGCAUGUGAUAUUACUGUGGCUUGUGCUGUCCUCCACAAUGUGGCCUGCCUGAGGAAGGAGAGGGCCCCCAGAGUGCCACCAGCCAUGGACUGGGACAAUCCGGCAAUCUUCCCUGAUGACGACAGUGGUCGGCUGCUGAGGGACCAAUAUGUGUUGAAUUAUUUUAGUUAGUAUGUGUGCUUUCAAUUUUGGUUAAAUAUGUCCUGCGGUGGCAGAGGAAUUUGGUUUUUUUGGGUUCGUUUUUGACGAAUUUGG